AAUAUUUUUCUGAGAUAAUUUCAACGAAGACAUCCACAAACACAAACAACGAAAAAAAAAAUCUUAAAAUUAAAAAGUCGGGGUCAAUAUUUUUGGCAAAAAGUUAAGAAACUCUGCAGAUAAUGCAUCUCACAUAAAAAAACGGACGAAAGAAAUUAAAAAGCAGCUCAAUUAAUGUGAUAAAUUGAAAAAAAAGAAUUCAAUGUAAAAAAUUCCAGAAAAAAAAUACGUCAAAAAAAAACAUGAAAAGCACAAAGAUCAAUAGUAAUUACAACGUCAUGACAUGCUCAAACUAGAACUACACACAAAAGCAUAGAAAAAAGAGUAAACAAUUAUAUUUACAAUAAAACAAUAAAAAUAAAUUAUUUAAUGUUUGUAUUUAUACAGACGAGAAGUGUUAUCAGGAUGAGAUUGUUCCGGUAGUUUUUUCGUGAAAAACAAGUGAUUUUUUUUUUGAUUGAUUAAAUUUUGUUUUAGUUACUUUUUUGUGUAGAAAAAUAUUAAUUUAUUUAUAAAUAACUGCCACAUUAUCGACACUUUUAAAUAAAAUAUAAAAAAAUUUACGUAAAACUGUGUCAUCAAAGUAGAUUAAAAAUAAAUAAUCAGUGUAAAGUACAAAGGAGCGAUCAAGAAAGUUCGAAGGAGAAUUAUUUACUUAUACUAGAAAAGUAAUAAAUUAUACUAGAAAAAAAUGGCUUUAAAUUUCACAAGGCGACAAUGGAUGACGUUGCUGAUUAUGGGAUUGGCAGAUUUUUGCAAUGCAAUUUGUGUGAGUCUUCAAGCACCAUUUUUCCCACAAGAGGCUGAGCGAAAAGGAUGCAUUGCCACGGAAUACGGUCUCGUCUUUGGAGUAUUUGAGCUCGUUGUGAUGAUAGUUUCGCCGCUUUAUGGACAGUAUUUGAACAAAAUUGGGCCAAAAGUGUUAUUCAAUGCCGGAAUAUUAACAACUAGUACGUCCGUUAUUCUGUUUGGGUUGCUCGAUCGCAUUCCGGGACAUACGGCAUUUAUUACGUUGGCAUUCGUCAUUCGAAUCAUCGAAGCUUUGGGCAAUGCUGCGUUUCUUACAGCGUCAUUUACAAUUAUUGCGAAGGAAUUCCCAAAUAAUGUAGCGACGACCUUCGCAUCUUUGGAAACAUGUUUCGGUCUUGGAUUGAUCGUUGGUCCCAUGCUUGGUGGUGCCCUUUACUCUGUCGGUGGAUAUUUCUUGCCUUUUGUCGUACUCGGACUCUCACUUUUCAUCACAGCUCUCUUGACACUCUGUAUCUUGCCGCAUCAUAAAUUUUCGGAGGAAGAACAGGAACGGACAGCUUCUCUCUUCUACGUCCUCAAAAUCCCUGGAGUUCUGAUUUGUGCACUUGCUAUUGCUGCCACCAGUGCUUCGAUUGGCUUCAUAUCAGCAACUUUAGAGCCACAUUUGCGACAAUUCGAGUUGGGUCCAGUGUUGUUAGGGGUCAUUUUUGUCAUCAAUGGAGGCGUUUAUGCCCUAACCGCGCCCGUUUAUGGAUGGGUAUUAGACAAAUGCUUUAACCCGAAAUUAGCAACGAUAAUGGGAACGAUGUUGAUUUGUGUCGGAUUUUGCUUUGUGGGACCUGUGCCUUUUAUUCAAGCUAAAACGACUCUUGGCUUGGUAAUAACGGGAUUAGUCCUUCAUGGCUUCGGAAUUGCAGCUGUUUUGGUGUCAAGCUUUACAGAUGCCCUAAAAACUGCCGUUAAACACGGAUUACCUGACAACAUUGAAACAUAUGGCCUCAUCUCUGGGCUCUGGACUUCCACUUUUGCUUUUGGGGCAUUUGUUGGACCAUCAGUUAGUGGUUUUCUCUUCGAUUCUGUCGGUUUUCGCGCUUCCACGUUAUUCAUCAUUGGCCUCCACUUAAUUGUUGCUGUGAUUACAUUCCUCUUUGUCACGUGCUGCAACCAAGCACCCGGCAAAUACAAAGAAAUCUCAUCGACAGAUCCUUUACUUACAAACACCGAUGAUCAAAGUAUCGGAGAUCAUAUCAUCAAAAAUGAAAAUGGCAGUCUAAUAUCCAGUAACUCCGCUAUCCAUAUCGACAACUGUCGACCAUGCGGCAUGGCAAACAAUUUACUCACGUGCAACAGUUACAACACAAAACAAACGCAUUGGGCGAGUUCCUGCAGACUGGAGUCCGGAUCUACGGCAAAUUUGAGCUUCAGACCGAAUUAUGGAACGUUAGAGGCUGGCUGCAGUCAUCACAUUCACGGCAGAGGAUAUGAAACGAUUUCAUAGUGAACUGGUUUUUAUCGAAAAAAAAAUAAUUUUUUGUUAAAUAUUGUAAUUGAAAAUAUUUAAAAAUUAUACUUUUUGUUUGUUUUAAGAAUUUUUUAUUAGGGAUCUUUUCGAUAAAAUGAAUUUAAAGCGAAGAAAUUUGUGUGAAACAUUAAUUAAUUGUAAGAAUAU